AUGAGUUUGCCCCACCUGAUCUCGUCUCUGCUCUUCCCGCAGCCCUGCCCGUACUGCCGCAAGGUGUUCCUCAGCCUCCCCUACCUCCAGGCGCAUGUGGUUCGCAGACACCCCGACCGACCCGCCCCCACCGAAGAGGCACUUCUGGCCCAGUGGGAGCGCACUGCCACCGAGUCGUACCCCUGGGACAACUACAACCAGUGCCCUCACUCCGUACACUCCACCCAGCUGCAGAAGGACAUUCAGGAACUCCGGAGUUUCUUCCAAGUGAACACUGCCAGUACCGAGACUCAAAACAUGGCCCAGCAGUCUGCAGACUUAGAUCUCAAGGGGGGUAUGUCAGAAGGGCAGCAGCCUUCGCAAGAGGGCAUAAGCAGAGAAGAGCUGGUGACCAGGCUAGACCGUCUCCAGCGGAACUGCGACCUGCUCUUCGUCAAGAAUGCAUCGGCCUGCACCGACGGCUGCUUUCACGAUGACGGGCAGGUGACCGCACAAGCCUCGUCUGCGGCAGUGCGCUGUUCCACGGCUGACGUGGGCAUGGCUCCCUGGGGAGACCGGGCUGGCUUGGAGAGGCUGUCCCAACAGCUGCAGCACCAGAAGCAAGAGGUGGGCAGAAUCUUGGCUCAGCAAGAGCGGCUUUUCCUCAAGCGCUUGGAUGCCAUGUCCCAAAACCUUGCCUUACUGUCCAAGGCCAGCAGGACCAUGGAACACAAGCUGUCUCAGAUAGAGGGUCCCCAGGGAGCGCCACAGUUUCUGGGGCCUAGCUUGAAUGGCCGAAUGUCGUGCACUGUUGGUGCCAGGAGGCAAUCCAAGACAGUGCUCCUGAACAGGACCCUCCUAGACAGGACGGACUUCUCUUGUCCCACAAACGGCCCUAUCAGGCCAACCUGGCCCCUACUCGGAGGCCUCCAGAGCAUCGCCCCUCAGGUUUCCUCAGGUGCGAUAGAAAACAAAUGUUAA